GACAUUCAACCAUAUGUCUCAUAUAACAAAAUCGUAAAAAUGAAGUGAGGUCAAGUGUCUUCGAUUUCCUAUCGUAAACCUGUUGAACGAAUGUCAGAGUUUUAACACUAGAGAAGCCGAAGUCAGCCAGCAAAAAGAAACUAUGGUGUUCAAUAUUUUCAAGUCGUUCUUCGAAGUUCCGAAUGUCAGUUCUAGUGCAGAAGAUUUCAGCAACGGCUUAGGCCAAGCCGUGAACUGGAAGAAGUUCAGAGAGGCGUUAACGAACCGAUCCGGCUAUCCGAUCAUGGUCGUCGUUCAUGCUAGUAAAUGCAAGUCGUGCGAUUUCUUCAGGACGUGGUUUUCCGGCUCAGACGAAAUCAGAAAACUGUCGGAAAACUUCGAAAUGGUCAAUCUCCUCGACAGCGAGGCAAGAGAGCUAAGCAAUGUCUCGAUUUUCACCCCUUACGUGCCCAGGGUGAUGUUCUUCUCGCCAACGGGCAACUUCCUAUCGCAAUUCACAAACCAUUGCAUCGAGAACGAAAAUCUCUGCUAUUACUACGGUGAUCCAAAAGCGCUCCUGAAGACAAUGACCGAAGUCCUCCACGCCUUCCCUCCGAGACCUGAGUACGUUUGACCAUGUUUUUGAAUUGAAGUAUUUUCCUAGCAGUGAAGAGAUCUUUAGUAUUGGAAGACCAUAAUAGAAGAAUACUGAUAAAAAGUGACUGGGAGUUUUGUGUUAUAUAAUCUGACUUGCAAGUUAAAACCGAAGCCUAAAUGUAACUGCAUUGGAAAUGAUAUCAAAACCUUGUCCUCUCUAAUAAAAUAAUUUAUAAAUCAAUUAA